GAGGAAAAGAGGGAGCGAGAGAGCGAGAGAGAGAGGGGCACACGUUUUCAUCCUAACCUCUGUUUUUCCACAGCCUAUAGCUUUGCGGUUCAGCUCAGUUCCCCAUUGUUUAAGCUCUAAGAACAGACAGAAAAAAAACACUGCGCUUGUUUAUGAACGCGUGCAGUGAGACAUUUAUUUUUAAAUUAUUAUUAUUAUCUGAUGCUCGGUGUUCUCCGUUCUGAAUGCUGCAUCCUUUGUCAACUUCUCCGUUUUCUCCACUUAGACUUGAGCCGCAUCAUGAAUAGUUUGGGGACAUCCUUCCAUCGUAUACCUCUGGAAUGCUCGGGAUUACACGGCCGAAACCAGGAGAGCAUGUAAACGCAGAUGGAGUUUGGGAUUUAUUGCAAAAUAUGGGAAAGAUGACCGUCUUCUCGUUGUGCUUGCUCCUGUGCGCAGAUCUGCUGGAUUUAGCCGUCGGAUAUUUGACAGUCACCAUAGAGCCACUGCCUCCUGUUGUUGUUGGCGAGACUGUAACCCUCAAAUGUAACUUCAAAACUGAUGGAAGGCUGCGAGAGAUUGUUUGGUACAGGCACCUCCAAACAACAUAUCAGUGCUGGCAGAGAACACUCCAGCCCCCUUCAGUCGAUACCAAGCCCAGAAUUUCACUCUUGUCUGCUCUGCAAAAGGAGGGAAACCAGCCCCAUCGGUGUACUUUAAGCGUGAUGGUGAGCUGAUUGAAGUAAUUUCCUACAUUGAGCCAUACACCAGCGAGCGAGCAGUCGGCUCAGCAGGAUGGAGAGGAGCCAGGCCACUCAUCAGCAGGGACCUUGAUGAGACCAAACUGCAGCGUUCCCUCUCGCUUCUUGAUCCGGAAGGCCGGUCUGCCCGCCUGUACACAGAGAGCCCUCAGCGUGUCCAUACUCAGGGCCAGCAGGCCUAUGAGCCGAGCCCUGCAACAGAGGUCAUUCCAGAGACAGUGGUUAGCCGGGAGUUCCCCCGCUGGGUACACAGCACGGACCCUCUGUACUACUUUAGCCACACUCAGAUCCCUCAGAGCGAUGGCUCUGUUGUGGUACAGGCUCGACUCACCUGGACCCUCAACCCGCAGCUGGAUAAUGAUGCCCUAUUCAGCUGUGAAGUAAAGCAUCCAGCAUUGUCCAUGCCCAUGCAGACAGAGGUCACUCUGGCUGCUCCUAAAGGUCCUAAACUCUUCAUGACCCCCACUAGGGCAAAGGUUGGCGACACGGUGCGCAUCUCUGUGCAAGGAUUCCAGAAUGAGGUAUUUCCUGAACCACUCUUUACCUGGACGCGGGUUGGAGGCCGCCUACUGGAUGGCAGUGCCGAGCGUGAGGGGAAGGAGCUGAUACUGGAGAGAGUGCCAGCAGAGCUCAAUGGCUCUAUGUAUCGCUGCACAGCCCAGAAUCCUUUGGGUUCCACAGAUACGCACACUCGUCUCAUAGUUUUUGAAAAUCCAAGCAUGAUGAAAAACACUCAAAAUCCGAACAAUGAAGCCACUCGCACAGAAAAGCGUGGACUGACGUGGCUCGCAGUGCUUCUCACAGUUACAGUGGGACUGACGUGAAACUGCUUCUUCGAGACACUCUCCCUCUCACAUACAAACACACAUUUUGCCCACACAACACACAACAGCUGAACAUGCUCACGAACAACACACAUACAGUUCAAACACCUUCCACAGUCCUGCAAGCCUACUCCAGUCAUCAACAGACCCUCUUUUCAUCCGUCAAACAAGAAAUAGCGCCACCAUGUGAUGGUGCUUCACUUGUUUGUUUGUUUUUUUAACAAAAUUAUAUUCAAGAUAAUAUAAAAAGAACAACGUGAUGAACUUAACAGUUACCACCUCCUAUAUAGUUCCAUCCUAUUACCUUUUUUUGUUUCUUGUCCCGAGUCGAUAAAAUAAAAUCAGAUGAUAUAAAACAGCAAGAGGAAAAAAAGCAUUUGGAUUUUAUUUUGGUGAGUCACAAUAUUAUUGGUAUUUAGUGAAAUGUGGACAAAUGGAACUGGCUUUGACAGCGCUAUCCUAUCAACCAAUCCCAUCUGUUACAUGUCCUGGAAUGGACCAGAUUAGUAACAAGCUGAUAAAUGGUGGGAAAACAGACCUCCAGAUGCUCCGAGGGAACUGUCAUUUUAUUUGUGUGCGUUUAUAUAUAUAUAUAUAUAUAUAUAUAUAUAUAUAUAUAUAUAUAUAUAUAUAUAUAUAUAUAUAUAUAUAUAUAUAUAUAUAUACUUUUCUUUCUAAUGGCUUGGAAUGUACAAGAAGAUUUAAAUGCAUUGAGAAAACAGGAGAAAUCUCUUUUUUGAGUGUAUUUUGUGUACUACAUUGUAAAUACUGAAAAAUAAUUAAAGAAGCUAUAUGGGUCAUGGUGAGAUAUGGGUGCUGGGAUUGUUGGAGUUUAUGAUUCUCCACCUUUAUUUGUACUUCACCCAACUUCCAGAUAUAAUUCCUGAUCGAGAGGAAGGAGAGAACAUCCUUUCUGUUUGUCACUUAGGCUUUUUUAUAUGAAUUUGGCUGUUCUCCAAGGACAGAGUAAAAAAACAACAAAAAGAAACCCAUAUGUCUGCUGUUUUGGGGUUGUGGUGCAUGUGACGUUUGAAGAUUCUUUCUCCUUUUCAUGUGUUGCAACUGACAGCACUGCAGCUCUUUGUCACUAGCCUGUAACCCAGCUAUUUACUUGUGACCUACAUUGUGUACAAUGCGUAACUCUUCCCCAGACAUUACCAGUUCGAGUAGGAUCAUUUUAGCCGCCAUUCCAGGGAGGAUCUCAGAAGGGGCAGCUUGUGUAAACAGGGUUGUUGCAUUUGUUUCAUUUCACCUGUAUUAAAAUGGAGAGAUGAUAAAACUCACAAGCCUUGACUUUACUUACAACCGAGUGUAAGUGUUUUACAUGACUCUGAUACACAUAUGUUGCGUUGCAUAUUCUUAUAUGAUUAUAGGAAUUCUUUUUGACCUGUUUUAAAUAACCCCACAUAAUUAGGGCAAGAAAAUACAGCUGUAUUAUUUCUUGCUUACGUAGAAAAGUGCAAUGAAAAUUAUUUCCCUUGUUUUCAAAACUGUUUACUGUAUAACAUUCUCAUAUUUUUUCUUAACUCUUUGCAGUUAAUAGUCUUUUUUGGAAUUGCUUAGUGAAUCAUCUAAAACUGAGUAAUACCAUGUUGUUGGGUAUCAAAUUAAUUGCAUAUUUUAGUUGUCAUAAGGAUGUAGGGAGUUGAAGCUUAGACCAAGUGAGAGGCAAUGAGAUACAUUUUUAAAACUUAGCUGAAGUUGGAGUACAGCUCCAGGAUCCUCUUUGUUUGUGACACUAUUUAAAGGGGACAUAUCAUGCUUUAUUUUUUAGUUCUUUAUUUUCAAGUUUAUAUCAUUCAGUUGUGAUCUAUAUACAGUGGAACUGCAAUGGUCUGGUCUGAAUUCCCCAUUAAUUUAGCCCAUUAACAUUUUGACUAAUCUACUUGUAGGCAUUGGUACCAUCAGAAAAUUU